AUGUUGACCACCGACGCUAGCAAUGGCAAGCUGUACGCCGACCUGGAGGGGCGGCUGCAGCCGCAGCUGCUCCAGGCGCUCAGUAACCACAACUUUGUGAACAUGACUCCCGUCCAGGAAAAAGUGCUGUCGCUGCCGAGCUUUACGCAGGACUGCCUGGUGCAGGCCAAGACGGGCACGGGCAAGACGCUCGCCUUUUUGUUGCCGGCCCUGCAGAACCUGCUGUCGGCGCCGGACCUGGACAGGUCGUCAGUCGGCCUGCUCGUCAUGGCGCCAACCCGCGAGCUGGCCCAGCAGAUCAAAGACGAGUGCGACAAGUUGACCAGCGCCUGCUCGCCGCCUGUGGAAUGCCACCUCGCUGUUGGUGGCGCCAACAAGGCGCCGCAGCUGAAGCGUUUCCUCAAUGGCAAGCCGACCGUGCUGGUGGCCACCCCGGGCCGCCUGAACGACUAUCUCCGUGACGACGCGCCGCGCGAGAAGCUAAGCAAAAUCCGCGCCGUGGUGCUCGAUGAGGCCGACCGUAUGCUGGAUGCCGGCUUCGCGCCCGACUUGCGGCGCAUCCUGGAGCAGAUUCCCCCGAAGAAAACGGCGGGCUGGCAAGGCAUGUGCUUCAGCGCGACGAUCCCGCCCGAGAUUAAGAAGAUGCUGCCGAUGGUACUGAGAGAUGACCACGUGCACCUGUCGACUAUCGACAAGGACGAGGUGCCCACCAUCGAUACCGUCCCGCAGACCGUCUACCCGGUCGACAGCGUGGACGACAUCCUGCCCACGCUCCACUCGGUGCUGGCCUGCGCCUGCGCCGACAACCGCGAGCUCAAGGCGGUCAUCUUCAGCCCGACGGCCCGCCACGCCGCACUGCUGUACCACAUUUUUGGCCACACAGGCGGGGCUGCUCCGCCGCGGCUGCCUGUUUUCCAAAUGCAAUCGCGUAUGUCGCAGACGCAGCGCACGCGCACGGUGAAGGAAUUCAAAGAGACCGAGAGCGGGCUGUUGUUUGCGUCGGACGUUGUCGGUCGCGGAAUGGAUUUCCCGGAUAUCGAUUUGGUCGUGCAAGUCGGUGUCCCGAGCGAGAAGGAGCAGUAUGUCCACCGCGUCGGACGCACUGGACGCGCCGGCAAGUCGGGUGAGGCCGUUAUGGUGCUGGCUCCCGAGGAGAUGUGGUUUAUCCGCAGCAACCCGCAGUUUCCCAUCAAGAACGAUGGCCCCUUCACCCACCCCUCCGCAGCAAACUGGCCCUCGGCCACCAAAAUCGCCAGUGCCCUCGAGAAAGUGCCAGAGGAGCCCAAGAUCCAAGCCUACGUCGGCAACCUGGGCUUCAUCAAAUCAAUGAUGAAAAGGUACCGCCUCGACCCCGCGGGUGUCGUCGAAUUAGGCAACCGAUUCGCCACGUCGUUUGGCCUCUCUGAGAUCCCUGGGCUGAACCCCAUGACGAUCGGGAAUAUGGGGUUGAAGGGUGUGCCGGGGUUGGUGGUAGCCAAACGAGACACGACCUCCGUCCCGUCGAGAAGGGGCCCAAAACCGGCGCUGACGGGUGGGGAGGAGAGGGAGUCCAGGCGUGGUGGAAGGGGUGGUGCAGGGUUCCGCUCGUCGAGCAGAGGGGCAUGGGGAGACAGAGACGGGGAGAGUAACGGGUUUGGCGACGGUGGGGACCGCGGGUUCAGUCCCCGCGGUGGUGACUUCCGUGGUGGUCGUGGGAGUGGUUUCCGUGACAACAAUUUCCCUGGUAAUCGUGGCGACUACGGCGGCGUCGCCUCGUUUUAA